CUCUGCCGGGCUCUUCGGGGCAGCCCGUGGGCCCUUUCCCACGGCAGAGCCCGGGGAUGGCUGGAAAACCCCUUCGGGCAGGAAAAGCCGGCGUUGCAAAACGGCUGCGGGGGUGGGACGGGGCCAGCCCUUAACCGGGGGAUCGAGCUGGGGACGUGGGAUGCGAAUCCCUCGUUUGCCGUGGUGGUGCUCGGGUGCUCGGAGGGCGAAGUCUCCGCUUGCGCUGCCUUAAGGAGCCUCCUGGAGCUCAGUGCUGGUGGAUGAACGAGCAGCAGGGACAGGGCAGGAGUCAGAGCCGUGCCCUCCCUGUGCUGCUUCAGAGCAGUGCCGGGUGCGCAGCAUCCCCGGCCCUCGGAGGUGCGAAGCCCCCGGGGACCGCGGCGGUGCCAGAGCACUUCCCGGGAGCGCUGAGAUCAGCGGGUGCGGCCGGGAUUCCUGGGCUCCCGCAGGAGCUGUCUGGCAGCUGAUUUUCCUGGUGUUUUUGCCGGGUGCGUUGUGUUGCCCCAGCAACUGCAGGCGCAGCCUCUGCGCCCCCUCCUCGUGUGGGACGAGCGGCAGGAGCAUCCCCCCUGCCCUGCGUGGGGACCGUGCGUUAUUUUUGGGGUUCCCUGGGUGCGCUGCCUUCCUCUCCUGCAUUUAUUCCAGCUCUGCCCACAUCCAAGCCUUGCGCUGAACCCAGGCCCUGGUGCUGUGGGGCAGCUCGGGGCAGGGAGCAGCCUCCCCCACUGGGCCCCGAGCUCCUUCCCCCAGCCCUGUGCUGCAGACGCGCUUCCCCCUUCCCCAGCUGCGCAAGGAGAGGCUGUUGUUUGCAUGUUUGCUGGGGCAGAGGGUGUGGGAAGGGGUGAGAGCGCUCUAAGUGCCUUAGCAGAUGGGGAAGGAGCCGGCGGCCAAGUUGGAUGGAGGUUGUGGACGCUGCGUGCUCGCCCCGGAGCUCGGCCGCGCCGCUUCCUCCCUGACUCAUCCGAGCAGCUGGGAGCGGGGAAAGGCCACGCUGCAGGACACUGCGCUGCGCCCAGCUGUGACGAGGGGCUCCUCCUGGCUUCCCCAGGAUGGGGGGGACACGGCAGAGCUACCCGGUGCCUGUCCCCGUGCUCUCAGGCACUGCUGGCACUGCAGGCGGCAGCAGGGGACGGGCAGAGCGCAGUGCGGUGACAGCCCGGUGUCAGCGUGUCCCUGCUGCUCCCUGGCUGUGUCCCCUCCCCACACCAAGCUCUGUGCUGCCCCAGCACGCAGCUCUGGGCAGGUUUUGGCCACUGAAUGGGCUGGUGGUUGGUGUCCAGCCCCACAGGACAGGGCAGGUGGGAGCAGCAGGGUGCCCCCGAGCAGGCAGGGCUCAGCCCCGCUGCGCUCCCAGCCGGGUGCUGGGGCUCCCCACGGCCCUAUAAGCGAGUGGUUGGGGGGGCAGCAGCACCCUGCAGUUGUGGCGGGGCUGAGUGGGCAGCGAGGGGCCACAGGGCUCGGCGUCCUCCCAGGUGAGGCCCCUGCCCUGCCCGGAGAAGAAAGGGGCUUUUGUCUUCCCUCGGCUCCAGGAGUCACGGAAGGAGCCGCCAGCCCGCGAGCGGCCCUGCACGCGGGGGGCAUGGGGACCGCUUGCUAUUUGCCGGCUUGCAGCAGAGAGAAGAAAGGCGGCCUUGUCCGCGCCAGAGGUGGGGCGCCGGCCGGGGCGGCCACGCUCCCGCCCCGCAUUCCUCUGACAGAGCCUGCUUGUGCGGGGCUGUGCAGGGGAGCCAGGACACGGGGGACUGCUGCGGGCGCCCCGCUGCACCCAGCGCCGCGGGGACUGGCAGCAUCUCCGGCACGGUGA